UCGAUAGGACACAAUUACCCUUGCGUGAUUUAACAAUUGACCCAACCUCACUCACGGUCCCAUCCGACCGGCUUCCAGAUCUCCCGGUUUCAUCGCCGGAGCCAGAAGAGAUACAAGCCACAGAGAGAGAAAAGCAAAGCGGAAAAAAUCACCAUCUCGAAUCUCAGGUAGUUGGUUGGAUUCAAGUUUGUAGUAUAAGAAGCAAGUGAAUGUUGAGGACGAUAUGAGUAAUGGAAUGGCAGAAGUUGUAAUGGAGGGUGCUGCCAAGAACAAGUUGAUUGGUACUGUUGGUUAUGCUGGCAAUGAAAAUGGUGUGCAUCAUUGGAAUGUUAUCACAGAUGAGACCGAUGAGGAUCUUACGAGAAUGGUCAUUGAGCUUAGUUUCCAGAAUGAUUACCUGAAAGCUCAGAUAGGUUCAUUUAACUUGCCUGUACUUGGGUCAAUUGAUGCUGUAGCGAAAGAGGGAGGAGAUUCUGAGCAAUUGAAUCAAUUGCAUGAGAAGAUAAAGUGUCUCAAUAAAGAAAUUCAGGAGCAGAAAGAAACUCAGAAGGCAGCGGAGGAUGCUUUAGAACAUCUAAGAGCUCAGUGUGCUGAUGCUGAUUCAAAGGUUCAAGGACUUUCAGAAAAACUUGCUCAAGCUCAACAAAAGAUGGAGCAAGAAAUAAAGGAACGCGAUGAUAAAUAUGUUGAGCUUGAUUCUAAGUUUUCAAGGCUUCACAAGCGUGCAAAGCAACGGAUCCAAGAGCUGCAAAAGGAAAAAGAUGACCUAGAAACUCGGGUUCAAGAAAUGAAUGUUUUGGUGGAGCAAGCUUCGAAUCAGCAAACAUUGAGACAACAAGACAUAGAGAAGACUCGCCAACAGGCCAAUGAGGCUUUACGUUUAAUGGAUUCUGAGAGGCAACAAUUGCGGGCAGCAAACAAGAAACUCCGAGAAAAUGUGGAUGAGAUGCAUAUUAUAUUGGAUGCUAAGGAGAGUGCACUAGCUGCAGUACAACAAACUCUACUUGACAAAGAGAAGGAAUUGGGAUCGAGGAAGAUGAUUGGCGGCGCUAGGGAGAUGCUAGAAGACACUCAUAACCUCUUGCGAACUCUAGAAGAGAAAAGACAAUCAUCAUUUGCGGAGCUUUCUGCUAAACAUCAAAAGCAAUUGGAUAGCCUGUCAGCACAACUUGCUGAGGCAGCUGUGGAUAGGAAGAAAGCAGCUGAAACAAUCUCCUCUCUCCAGUUGCUCAUUGAUGAGAAAGAUAAGAAGAUUGCCAAUCUUGAUGCGGUUACAAGUGGUGAAGUUGCACGACUUGGGGCUACAUUGGAGGAGAUGAAAGGGGAACUUGCACAACUGCAGGAUACACAUGAAAAGGAAAGGGAAAGCUGGGAAGCAGCUUGCCAAGCCCUAAGGACUAAGUUAGAGGCAUCCGAGAGUGCCUGCUUGUGCUCUGAGAUUGAAGCAGCUAAAAUGAGAAGUCAAUUGGAACAAGAAUUAUCUAUGCAACAUCAAUUAUUAAAUGCAAGAGAUGCUGAGUUAACAGCUGUGAAAGAUGAGAUCAAACAUAUAGAAAAUGAAUUUUCUGCAUAUAAGGUCCGUGCACAUGCACUUCUCCAGAAGAAGGAUGCGGAGAUAACUGCAGCUAGGAACUCAGCAGAUAUCAUAGCUCAACAGGAGGCAGUUAGAGAAGCUGAGAGGGAAUUAGCCUUGGCAUUAGCAGAGAGAGAUAAGGCAAUGCAAGAUCUUCUAGAUGCUUUCACCAAACAUGAAGAAGAGAUCACUGCAAGAGAUGCAGCUCUUAAUGAUGUCCAGAAACAGAUGAGGGACAUGGCUAAGAAACUUGAUACCUCCAGUGCUCGUUUCUUGUCAGAGAAGGAAUUGUGGCAGAAGAAUUUGGAGAGCAUUGAAGAAAGUUGGAAAUUUAAAUAUGCUGCAUUGGAGGCUCAAAACAUCAAAUGCUCUAUAGAUGAUAUAGAAAAGGCCUUCGAAGAGCUUAAGCAACAAUACAGAAAGCUGAAGGAAGAGCAUGAUACCUUUCGUGAUGUUGCUGAUAGAGCACUUGAAGAGAAAGAAGCAGAGGUUGUGAAACUCUUAGAAGACAAUAAGUAUCUUCGGCGCUUUUUGGAGUCAAAACCAUUUGUUGACCACAUAGAUAACCAAAACCCAGUUUCAGAGAGGCAGGAUUCUCAUGUUGCAAGUGUAGCAGCUGCAGAACAACAAAUUCUGCUGUUAGCUAGGCAACAAGCUCAGAGAGAGGAAGAACUUGCUCAGUCACAAAGACACAUUUUGGCUCUUCAAGAGGAGAUUGAGGAGCUUGAACAGGAAAAUCGCCUUCAUAGUCAACAGGAAGCAAUGUUGAAGUCUGAGCUCAGGAACAUGGAAAGAUCACAAAAACGUGAAGGAGUAGACAUGACAUAUCUUAAAAAUGUGAUAUUGAAAUUGCUUGAAACUGGUGAAGUGGAGGCAUUACUUCCUGUGGUUGGAACAUUGUUACAAUUCAGCCCAGAGGAGAUCAAGAAGUGCCAACAAGCAUACCAUUCAUCAAAUGAUGUUUCAAGUCAAGCUUUUGCCGAGACUACUUCAACCCCCCAAUCAUCACUCUUCUCAAGAUUCUCAUUUUCAUAAGCAGAUUCAUUCGUCAAAUCUCUUUAGGUAUGUUUGCAUUGCAUGGUAUAUGUAUAACAAAUCAUAUUACUGCCAUAGAAGAGCUAAGAUCAAAGGGCAUAGCCAGAAAGUAAACGUUCUUUCAGAAAGCAACAUACUAUACUUCGAAUUUAUUUUUUUGUUCCAUCCCCCCUAUGAAUAUGUAUAGGACAAGAUCCUAUCCUUGUUAUGUUUUUGUAUUUUGAAAGAAGAAAAAAAAAAUGUAUUUAAUUACUUUCAACUUUUGUUUAACUUUUUCUUCUCACUCUCAAUUAUAUCCAUUGACUUGGUC